CGAACCAACCACCCAACCGACUAACUGACUUUAAUCUGAUGUGCGGCCGACACCACAUCAAACUCUCCCCAGGCUCGUUCGCCUACCCAAUCAAACAAGCUCUUAGACUCACAUCGGUCACUACUCAAUAUAUCGCUACUUGUAAAACCCACGUGUCUUUGACCCGCCUAGGACUUACAGAACCUUCGAAUUCCAAGCCCUAAUCUCUCUCUCUCUCUCUCCCCCCGAAUAAUCUAAGCUCGAUCACACAGUGAUCAAAGAAUUGCAGUCAAAAUGUUGAAGCCCAAGUCAAUUCGAUCAAAUACUUCAUUGAAUCUGAAUUCAAUAAUCCAGUCUAUCUCAGCGACCGUUGUUGGCUUUUCUCACUGAGAUUGACUUGACGAUAGAAACAAAAAACAGCUAUGGACUAGGGUUUGUGGAUUUUGGCAUUGAGGAGUUGGGGUAUGUAUUGUUUGAAGUUCAUAGGUUAUCUUGUGGUUCGUUGAUAAUUUUGAUUUUGGUGGCCGUAAUGAAUUCGGGAAUCAAAAUGCCGGUCCGGCGGCAUUCUUCCCGAAUAGACACUCUUGAGCUGAAACUUCGAAUUGAAAAGAAGCUUGGUCGAGAAAAGGCGGAAAAAUACUUCAAUCUACUUGGCAGAUAUUUAAGUCUUAAGCUUUGCAAAUCAGAGUUUGAUAAGCUCUGCAUUGGUUUAGUGGGUAGGGAGAAUAUCUGCCUUCAUAAUGGACUUGUCCGAGCAAUCAUCAAGAAUGCCUGCCUUGCCAAGACUUCUCCUCCAAAGCAGAGCAAAAUGGAAGCUUUGUUGAAUGUUAAAAUGCCAAAUGGAUAUCAAAUAAGUAGUCUUCAAUCAGUCUGCAGGGAUGUUUUACCCCAGUCCCCUAGAAAAGGAAGGACUCCUAAUCUUCGAGAGCGAAAACUUAGGGACCAUCCAAGUCCUCUUGGGCCUUAUGGGAAGACACAGAGUGUUGCAUGCGAAGUUUUGUUACCAAAAGUUCAAGCACAGCAAAGUGCCACUGAGCUGCUUUCUUUAGGUAGCAGGCCCCUUGCUGAAGUUAGCUCUGUGGAAGAGGGUGAAGAGGUUGAGCAGGCAGCUGGAAGUCCUCGCAUUUAUGGUAGAAUCCCAGUCACAGCUCCUCUUGGCAUAUCCAUACACACAAAGGGAACACGGAAAGUACUACGUAGUGGAUCAGCUCCUUCAUUUAACAUUGACACUUGUCAUAACAAUGGUGAGCUGCCUGAUACCAGUUCUUUAAAGAAACGAUUGGGACAAAAGUUGGAGAUGGAGGGUUUGGAAAUCUCAUUGGAUUGUGUCAACCUGUUGAACAGUGGGCUGGAUAUAUUUAUGAAAAGACUGAUGAAGCCCUGUUUGGAAUUUGCCAGUUCAAGGUCUGAGCACAAGCACCUAAACCAAAUUUGUUUUCAGGCUCCAUCUGGCUGUAAUGGGAUCAGGCCCAAAGCAUAUGUGCCAAAUCCAAACAAAUCCUUUUCCGCAUCAUUGUUGGAUUUUCGGGUUACAAUGGAGUCAAAUCCCAGAAUACUUGGGGAAGAUUGGCCAGUACAACUUGAGAAGGUUUUCUUGCGUGCAUCAGAGGAAUCUAUUCGAAUUGAUUAACUAAUAAGUUGGGUGUGACAGUGGGUUUAACCUUUAAGCCAUCUCAAGUUAUGAUAAAAAAGCCAAGUUCACACCAUUAUGCCAGCAGUGCUGAAGUAUCUACGUGGUUACAAGCUACAGAAAAUUUUGGAUGAAGGAGAUUAGGUUGUAUAUACUUUUCAAUGCUGAUUGUUCCUGAAAUGGGACCCGUGACAUGGUAAAGCAUAAAGACAUGGACAAUUGUAAGAAUCUAGCCAUUACAAAUAGUUUAGUGGCCUUGUUCAACUAAUAUCUAUAGGUUGUUUUAUGUUAUUGAAUUUUUAUUUGUUAAUAAAUUGCAUCUUGGAGUUUCCAGACCUAUACUUAUGAAUUUGUCAUUCAUUUUAUGGUAUUCUCUCCACCAGUGGGCUAGAAUUAACUGAUUAUUUUUGAAUGCUUGA